AUGACUCAAACAAAAGAAAACGUUCUAAUAACUGGAGCCGGGGGCUUCAUCGGCCAAGAACUCAUCACAUCUCUCCUCAAAGACAUGCCCACCGCUCACUUCACCCUCACCGACAUCAUCACACCUCCCGUCCCCGCAGGAGCAGAAAAUCAGGUCACAUCCCUCAAAGCAGACCUAACAGAUCCCUCAGCUGUUAAAUCCCUGCUGUCCAACCGCUUCAGCCACGUCUACAUCCUUCAUGGUCUCAUGUCCGGUGGCGCAGAAGCCAAUCUUGACCUAGGACUCAAGAUCAACGUCGACUCAGUGCGGAGUAUCCUCGACGUACUACGGGCUGAAUAUCCCGGCACAAAGGUGAUAUUUGCUAGCUCUUGCGCUAUCUACGGCCAGACGGACCUUGUGACGGAGUUUGGCACACUUCCUCAACCUAAAAGCUCCUACGGCAUUCAAAAGUUGCUCGUGGAGCUUUUACUCAACGACUACUCCCGCCGCGGUCUUCUCGAUGGACGUAUCGUCAGAUUACCCACUGUUAUCGUCCGCCCAGGUGCACCCUCAGCAGCUGCAUCAAGCUUUGCAUCAGGAAUUGUCCGAGAGUCUCUACAAGGAGUCCCCAACAUUCUACCCGUUAGCAGAGACCUCGAGCUUUGGGUAUGCAGUCCAGCAACAGUUAUCAAGAACCUCAUCAAGAUCAAAGACGUUCCAAAAGAGAAGUUCGGUGAUUCGAGGGUGGUGAACUUACCAGGCAUUACGGUCACGGUGCAGCAGAUAUUGGACGCUCUGAAAGAGGUUGGCGGUGAAAAGGCGCUUGCGCAGAUUGAGGAGAAGAGAGAUCCGGCUAUUGAAGCAAUUGUAAAUAGUUGGCCGGCGAGAUUUGAUGUUUCUAGGGCUUAUGGGCUUGGGCUUGAGGCUGAUGGGAAGGUGUUGGAUGCUGUUAAGGCGUUCCAUGCAAAGAUUGCCAAGGCUUAG